UUGUGGGCCGCAAAGAUGGCGGCGCUGGGCGCGAGCCGGGCGGCGGCGGGCCUCCUGCGUGCCCAGAGCCUCGGGGGGUGGAGGGGCCUGAGAACCACGGCCGCCCUCACACAGAUGCCCCAGGCCAAGUCCCAGAAUGCCAAGGCCGAGGGCACGUUCCAGGUGACGAUGCUCCCGGGGGAUGGAGUGGGCCCGGAGCUCAUGCACGCCGUCAAGGAGGUGUUCAAGGCUGCCCAGGUGCCCGUGGUGUUCGACGAGCACCACCUGAGCGAGGUGCAGAACACGGCGUCCGAGGAGAAGCUGGACCGCGUCGUGGACUCCAUGAAGGAGAGCAAGGUGGCCCUCAUAGGGAAGAUCCACACGCCCAUGGAGUACAAGGGAGACCUGGCGUCCUAUGACAUGAGGCUCAGGCGGAAGCUGGACCUGUUUGCCAACGUGGUGCACGUGAAGAGCCUGCCCGGGUACCAGACCCGGCACAACAACCUGGACCUGGUGAUCAUCCGCGAGCAGACCGAGGGCGAGUACAGCUCCCUGGAGCACGAGAGUGUGAAGGGGGUGAUCGAGUGCCUGAAGAUCAUCACCCGCGCCAAGUCCCAGCGCAUCGCCAAGUUCGCCUUCGACUACGCCACCAAGAAGGGCCGGGCCAAGGUCACAGCCGUGCACAAGGCCAACAUCAUGAAGCUGGGGGAUGGGCUGUUCCUGCAGUGCUGUAAGGAGGUGGCAGAGCUGUACCCCAAGAUCAAGUUCGACACCAUGAUCAUUGACAACUGCUGCAUGCAGCUGGUGCAGAACCCGUACCAGUUCGACGUGCUGGUGAUGCCCAACCUGUACGGGAACAUCGUGGACAACCUGGCGGCGGGGCUGGUGGGCGGCGCGGGCGUCGUGCCCGGGGAGAGCUACAGCGCCGAGUACGCCGUGUUCGAGCUGGGCGCCCGGCACCCCUUCGCCCAGGCUGUGGGCAGGAACAUCGCCAACCCCACGGCCAUGCUGCUGUCGGCCUCCAACAUGCUGAGGCACCUCAACCUGGAACACCACUCCAACCUGAUCUCGGACGCGGUGAAGAAGGUGAUCAAAGGCGGCAAAGUGCGCACGGCGGACAUGGGGGGCUACUCCACCUCCCUGGAUUUCACCCAGGCCGUGAUAGCUGCCCUGGAGGGGCACUGAUAGCUGCCCUGGAGGGGUAGUGCCCGGGGUGGGACCCCUCCCGGCUCCUGCCCUGCCCUGCCCACCCGGUAAAUCACUCCUUCCCUCCAAUAAAGUGGCCUCAGGCCUGA